AAUUGCCACGAGUCUGCCGCUUCAUCCAUGGAUCCUUCCGAAGCGUUCCCUUCAAUCGUUCAAACCCUGGUCCAGCCACUCUUCGAGGUUGCUACGAACAACACCGCAGACUCCUCGGACCACAAGAACUCUUCAACUCCCUACAUAGUCUUCAAUACUCUCAUGCUCGCCAUGGUGCCCGUCUGUAUGCAACUGAUGUUGUACCCGGCGCACCUCGAGGCCCUGGCCUGUAAGCUGAAGGGCGCUAUGGUGGGUGGCAAAACCAGCGACCUCGUUCUACGAGAGAUCAAAGCUGUUACGCGCUAUGGGCAAUACUACGUGUUGGACGAGUACCAGAACCGUCACGGUCACAUUUUGCAGAAGGCCAUUGCCACUCACCUCGCUGACGUCCUUCAGUUGCGAGGCAAGGGAGUUCGCUAUGAAAUGGUGGAACGUGAGCUCGACGACGCAACGCAGGAGAAGUUGAACAUGGUGUCCAAGCGAACGACAGAGUACUGGUCCGAUGAUGACGACGAUGCAACUAUGUACGAAGAACUCAAUCGCAUGCGAGUCGCGUCGCUCCCGAAAUUACAGGAAUGGGUCGAAGUGGAGAAGGGCAUCUACUUCCAGCAGUACUUACAGAGCCCAGAGGAGGACGAAGGUGGUCGAGACACUGUCAUGCGCAAAACUAAGGAAGUCAUUAUGGUGUACGCUUUCAAGUCCAACGAACGUGGUGCGUCCAAGAAGAUCGACAAGCUCAUCAACGAUGCUUUCGCCAAGUACCAGUUGCUAGAACUUCUGAAGCUGGCAAGUGACAAGAAGCGGUAUAUGUACGUGCAGGCUGUGCAGGAAGCAAAACCAGGAGAUGCCGAAGACGGAGGAACAAAGUCGACUCCUGCGGUGGUGUACAAACGAUAUGCUCUGAGUGGAGAGAAAUCGUUUAAGAACUUGUUUUUCGACGAAAAACCGCAGCUGCUUCAGUUUCUCGACAGCUUUAUGGCUCGAUCCGGCAAGUUUGCCAUUAAAGGUUUCCCAUACAAGCUGGGUUUACUGCUGCAUGGACCACCAGGUACUGGGAAGACCAGUCUCAUCAAAGCUGUGGCACAGUACACCAAGCGCCACAUCGUGACCAUCUCAUUGGGAAAAGUUAAGACGAACCAGGAGCUCAUGAACGCCCUCUUCGAUCUUCGUUUUGUCGUGAAAGGUGUGGAUCUGCCUGUGAAUAUGACUUUUGAAGACAUCGUUUUUGUCAUGGAAGAUAUCGACUGCGCCGCAUCUGUAGUAAUGGCACGAGAGAACAAAUCGGACGCUCCACGGAGACAGCGCAAGCGCUUUGCGCCGUCUUCUUCGUCAGCGUCCGACAAGCUGAAUUUGUCGGGUCUGCUGAAUGUCCUCGAUGGAGUCAUUGACUGUCCCGGUCGCAUUGUGAUCAUGACCACAAAUCACCCCGAAAAGCUUGACUCUGCACUCAUUCGUCCGGGCCGUGUGAACAAGAAGCUCAUGCUUGGAUAUAUGAAUGCCACUCAAGUCCAGAAUAUGAUCGAGUACUAUUUCGCAACCACUUUGACCUCAAGACAAUGCGAAAUACUGGGAAAUGCUGUCACCGACGGAAGUGUACCGGUUACUCCUGCUGCAGUGGAGGCCUUGUGCUCUGAACACGAUGAUACUGAUGCCGUACUGAACACAAUCUGCCAGAUGCAGGUGACGGUAUCGUCCGCUGUUGGUAGCGCAUAGCAUUUUGAAAUUGUAAUUUGCAGAACAAUAAUAGAGGCACCCAGCGGUCACAUUGUCA